AGCACACACACCCCACACCCCUCCAACCCAUCAACAUGACCGACCUCACACCGACACUAAACACCCUCCUCUCCGCCAAAAAUGGACGGCCCAUUCCACCCCCAUCAACCCGACCCCCCUCAACCGAGGUCGCAGACGAGUUCCUCAAGGAGGCCCAUCGCAUCAACUCUCAUAUAACUUCUCUACUAAGAUACCUCCACUCAAUUCGCCACGCCUACCUAACAACGACCGCCCAUCCCCGCCGCCAUCCCAAAGAAUCACUCACAUCCUCCCACUCUAUCUCCACCCCGUCCCACCACCAAACAAACCUCACCGACCCCGAACGCGACGAAAUCGACACCUCAACAGCCCUCCUCCUCCGCGACCUCGCAACAUCCAUAACGAACCUCUCCUCCGCCGAAACCCUGCGCCAAGAAACCUCCGCCUCCAUCCUCCGCAAAAAAUACGGCCACAGCGCCGCAGGUGCACUCCUCUGGCGCUGGGCGGGCGGUGGCAGUGCCCUCGACGACGCCACGGCGCACGACGGGAAAUCCGCGGAGCAGAUCGAGGCGGAGGAGAGGGCGAAGAUGAUUGCCGGUGUGAGGGAGGGGGUGCUUUGGUUUCUCAGGAGGGAAUUGGAUGGGGUCGCGGGGGUGCAGAGGGGGAUGGUGGAGAAGAGGAUUGAGCGGGCCAGGGAGAAGGAGAAGAGUGUUUUGUAUAAGCGUGCUGGAGCUGGAGCUGGUGCGGGGAAGGGUGGGGAAGUGUCUACGGGUGGAGAGCGCGCAUCUAGGACGGUGGACAUUUCGGCGUCGUCGAUGCAGGCGCCCGAUGCGACAGUGUUGAGUGAGGCGGAGACGGCGCGUAUCGAGGCGCAGUUAUCUCCGGAGCAAUUGCAGUUGUUUGCCGAGGAGAACGAUACCAUGUUGAGGCAUUACGAGGAUACUUUGGGGAAAGUACAAAACGCCGAAAAAUCUCUCUUGGAAAUAUCCUCUCUCCAAGAAACACUCGUCUCCCAUCUCGCCACGCAAGAGGAAUACAUCUCGCAAUUGGUCAGCGACGUGGACACGACGCAGAGCAAUGUGGGCCGCGGUAAUAAGGAGCUGAAGCGCGCGACGGAGCGCCGGAGUACGGCGCAAGCCGUGUUCUGGGGCACGGUUGGAUUGUGUACCUGGCUUGUGGUGUGGGAUUUGGUGUUUUGAGGGCGAGAGCUUGACCUGGGCUUCCUGGGGACAGCUCUUGAUAUAGCAUGUUCAUAUCGCAUCGCAUUAUUUGUUGCUCAGCGCAUUCGGGCAUUGAGCCUGGACAGUGUAGCCCUUGCAUGGCCAUUUUCUACUAGGAUAACAUCCAUUAUAUCCAUUUGAACUAUUCAUAGCAGUGCUACGAGUAGCAUCGUCCAUCAUGAAACUGACAAGGGUAGCAGUAGGAUCAUAUGCCAUAAGACCCGAGGUCAAGUGAUCAAAGUCCAGGUCUAAUUUAUGGAAAAGGCAAUACACCAAUAGAAGCCUUCUUUCCAAAUCAUCAAAGUCCAAAAGUCUUCUGAUAUUCCGAGCCGUAGAUCUACAUGUGAUUGUGAUGCAUAAUAAAGAAAUGCCCAAAAUCCAUGAAAAUGAAAAAUGAAAAUGUGUCCAUCAUAUGCCGUCUUCCCGAAACCAUACCGAGUAUGAGGCACAGGAAAUGUGGUAAUUGGAGAAAAAAAAAAAAAGGUGAAUCGAAAAGGUGGGAAUGAAAAAAAAAAAAAAAAGCCGAACCAGAUAGUUAGUCACUUUAGCAAGAGUAGUGAGUGGCCUACGAGGUCUCACGGACGACGCUGUCCACGGCCUCGGCGAAGUAAUCCAGGUUAUGCGUGUUCAGGCCAGCCAUAGAUAUACGGCCGUUCUUAGUCUAGAAGGAGAAUGUAUUAGUAAAAACGUGAUUUUCGCAAAAGAGAGGGUCAGUAGGCUGGAU